AUGGCAAGGAGGACUCAGAUUGUGACCCUGAAUGACAGUGUCACCAUCUUCUGCAGUAUCUCUGUUACCCCACUACUGGGCAUCAAGAUUAUGGGUAUCACCUGGUUUCAGAAGAGCCAGGUGACUGGAAUAGAGAUCAAGCUAUUUGAGUUUUUUGUAGAUCACCAACUGGCAUUCCGACAUGGAGCCUUUGUGUCUCCAUGGAGGCUGGAGAGGGGGGAUGCCUCACUGUAGCUGUGUGGGGUCCAGCUGGAGGAAGCAGGAGAAUAUCCAUGUGAGGUGGUGGUCAUCCCUCAGAAGACAGAGGGAAAGGUCUGGCUAGAAGUUGUGACUUACCCAGCUGGCAGAUUGUUUCCAGGGCAGGCCAUGGUGAAAGUUAACGAAGAGAGACAUAUUGUGUGUAAGUCAAGUGGGUUCUACCCAGAAGCCGUUAACAUAAUCUUCCACCUUAUGUUUGGAAAUGGCUUCUCCAUCUCCAACCGUGAUAUUUCAGCCAUUCUGCAGAAAGGCGUCAUCACUGAUCCCACCAACAAGAAUGAGGAUGACAUGUUUAAUGUCACUGGCUCCUUGAAACUGAAGCCUUCUCUGGAAGACAGUGGGGCCAUCUACCAGUGUGUGGUUCCUCAUUACCUAAAAAUUUCUGAGGGCGUCAUCACUGAUCCCACCAACAAGAAUGAGGAUGACAUGUUUAAUGUCACUGGCUCCUUGAAGCUGAAGCCUUCUCUGGAAGACAGUGGGGCCAUCUACCAGUGUGUGGUACGGCACAUAUCCUUGUCCACCUCUCUGAGGUUCACCUGCACCCUGACUGUGAGAGCUCUUUUCAAGUUGCAGUAG